AAGAGGUACGUACUAGGAAGGCAUAAUAAGGACAACAAAAGUGCCGCUAGCUAAUUACAUCCUGUGCACUGUAUGUAUUACAUGCUAUGGCAGCGACGGAAAAACUACAAUGAUGAGUUUUCAGCAGUGUUUGAAAGUCUUCUUUUAGAAACGCGGUAGUGUGGCGGUUUUACACUAAAAAGAUCGAACGAGUCGACUGUCAUUCAACCUAAUAGAAAACAGGCAUUUCCAAGCUGCUCCAAUGUCUUCUGGCUGCCCACCCCAGUCACCUGCUGUAGCAAAAUCUGAGGUAGCGAUAGCUGGAGAAUGCCCACUGCUGGCGGCCACCUUUGCCUACUGGGACAACAUCCUGGGUCCACGAGUGCGUCACAUAUGGGCACCAAAGGGUGAUCAGCUGAUGUUCCUCAGUGAUGGAGAGGUCACUUUUUUGGCCAAUCACACACUUAAUGGAGAGAUUCUGCGUAGCGCUGAGUGUGGCGCUGUGGAUGUGAAGUUUUUUGUCCUGGCAGAGAAAGGUGUCAUCAUCGUGUCUCUCAUCUUUGAUGGCGAGCUGAAGGGGGACAAGAACACAUGUGCCUUGUCCAUUAUUCUGCCUCAGACAGAGCUGGCCUUCUACCUGCCUUUGCACACCAUCUGUGUGGAGAGGCUGAAACAUGUCAUUCGCAAGGGGCGCAUUUGGAUGCAGAAGGGCUAUAACAUCACCUCAGUGCUUACACUGGAGAUCGUCCCCAUCAUGGAGCUACUGACCUCUAUGAAGACACACAGUGUGCCAGAAGAUAUCGAUAUAAAAGACACCGUGCUAAAUGAUGAUGACAUUGGGGACAGCUGCCACGAGGAUUUCCUCCACAAGGCCAUCAGCUCCCAUCUGCAGACUUGUGGCUGUUCAAUAGUAGUUGGAAGCAACCCAGAGAAAGUAAAUAAGAUUGUGCGGACGCUCUGCCUCUUCCUCACCCCAGCUGAGAGGAAGUGCUCUCGUCUCUGCAGGGCUCCGUCUUCUUUCAAAUAUGACACUGGCCUGUUUGUUCAGGGUCUGCUCAAGGACUCCACAGGCAGCUGUGUCUUGCCCUUCCGCCAGGUGCUCUACUCCCCGUACCCGACCACGCACAUUGACGUGGACAUAAACACAGUGAAGCAGAUGCCGCCGUGUCAUGAGCACACGUACAACCAGCGGCGCUACAUGCGCUCUGAGCUAAGUAUGCUCUGGAAGACAGACAGUGAGGAGGACAUCCCACCAGAUACAGUCAUCCACACUGAUGAAUCCUUCACACCAGACCUGAAUAUAUUUCAAGACGUCAUGCACAAAGAUACUUUGGUUAAGUCAUUUAUAGAUGAGGUGUUCAUGCUGAAGCCCGGCCUGGGCCUGCGGAGCACUUAUCUGGCCCAGUUCCUGUUGCUCCUCCACAGAAAGGCCCUCACACUGCUGAAGUACAUUGAGGAUGAGACAAAUGCCUUACGCCCCAGCAGGUUAUCUGCAGUCCACCGUGUUCGUGCCACUCUCCCAGUGACGACCUGCUCACUGGUCCAUCUGGGCUCGACUUGGCUCCUCUUGUGCUUCCCAGCAGUGGAGUGACCUUCCCACGCUUCUUGUUUGUUUGUCUCGUUCUAUGAAACCUUGCUUUUCUCUUGUUUAUAAAAGACAUGAGCACUUCAGUGUUUUAGGACUUAACCAACUACUACCAACUACUUGCUUAUUGUACAGAAGUAUUUGAACAGAAUACUGUAUUUGUAACCUGCAUUGCAGGUUUUACUUGUGAUGGGUUACAAUGUUGAUGAAUUUCAGACUGUUCUGCUCUAGAGAAAUACUAGUCUAUAAAUAUUAGUGUUAAUUUGUGAGUUUUCCUAAUACCCUGGCUCUAACAAACAUAAUAUAGCCAAGGAUUGUCUGUUCUAAAAAUAUGAAGAUCAUUUGCACUCAGUGAAUUUGCCUACAAUAGUACUAACUUGUUGACGCAGCUUUUCAUGUUACACGGCUCUUGCUGAAAGUGCUCUAAUUGUUGCAUCAGUGAAGGCCAAGAGAACAAGCCUGUGUUCACACAAAAUGCCUAUACACUCAAAUGUUUGCAUACAAGAAAUUGCUUGCUUUAUGUAUCAUGCUUUUUCAAAACUACUUUAUUUGUGUCACUAUUUCAAAAAUUUAAAGAUGUACUAAUAAAUAUUUUAAAUUUACAGUGGAUCAAACAAGUAUACCUAAUGUGAAAGGUAUCUGUUAAACUGACAGACCCACCCAACUCUGCAGCACCCUUCAGCAUUUUAGCAACAUUCAGUUUGUUUUUCUUUUAUCGCCCACAAUUUUACUUUAUUCAUAGCAAUUGAUUUCAGUGAAAAAGCUCCCAAAAGCAUGUUAAGCCAUGUCAGUUUCAUAAGGUCACAAUAUGUCGGUGUUAUGUUUACCGCUUGCUGUGAUGUGUCCAAGUAGCCAAAAAGCUAUUAAUUCAUGUUUAGGAAGUCAAAAGCUAAUACAUUUAAAAUUUUAAGUAAGGUUUCUAGAAACAGUGGUUGUUGAGGUCAGAUUUUCACAAGUUUACUCCUAAAUGUUCACCCUCAGAGGUAGAUGGAGAAAUCAGUGUUCAGAAAUGCAACUUCCUUAAAACAAUGUUUGGUUAUACACAUUUUGAAUUUAAGGGGAAUGUGACCGAAUGAUACAAUGACAGACAAGAAGUAUUCUUGGAGAGAAGAGAGUGAAGAAAAUGAUAGACACCUUCAGCUUGAUAAGUUCAGUUGCAGAUACUAAAAGGAAAUGUAAUGACAU